AUGAAGCAGAAAUUAAGGUUUUGCAGACCUGAGUACCGGCAUGAGUUAAGUUUAAGCGUGUCCAUGUUUGCAGUUACAGAAAACAGAUCAGACCUUGAAGAUUUACACCUUUAUGCAACUCCUCGGGAGCAACGGUUUCGUAGGUUUGCCAGUUUAGAAUUUGAAGGACAGCUAUAUAUGACUCCAUAUGACUUCAUUCAGGCUGUCACAAAUGAUGAACCCAAAUGUGCUAAAAAGUGGCGAUCCCUUUCAAAGCAGGAACUGAAUCAGAUCCUUAUGGAGACACCACCAGUUUGGAAAGGAUCAUCCAAACUUUUCCGUAAUCUUAAUGAGAAAGGUGUGAUAUCUUACACAGAAUAUUUAUUCCUCUUAUGUAUUUUAACAAAGCCGCAUGCAGGUUUUAGAAUCGCUUUCAACAUGUUUGAUACUGAUGGCAAUGAGAUGGUGGACAAAAAGGAAUUCUUAGUGCUACAAGAGAUUUUCAGGAAAAAAAAUGAGAAGAGAGAAAGAAAAGGAGAUGAAGAAAAACGUGCAAUGCUGCGUCUUCAACUUUAUGGAUAUCAUACUUCUACUAACAGUGUCCUUAAAACAGAAGGAGAGGACCUUGUCCCCAGAAGCUAUUGGGAUACUUUGAGACGUAGCACAAGCCAAGCACUCUUUUCGGACCUUGCGGAGCGUGCUGAUGAUAUUUCAAGUUCACUGUCAGAUACUACACUGCUUGUACACUUUUUCGGCAAGAAAGGAAAAGCUGAACUGAACUUUGAAGAUUUUUAUAGAUUUAUGGAUAACUUACAAACUGAGGUCCUAGAGAUAGAAUUCCUUUCCUACUCUAAUGGGAUGAACACCAUCAGCGAGGAAGACUUUGCCCAUAUUCUUUUGAGGUAUACAAAUGUGGAAAAUACGUCAAGUUACCUGGAAAACAUGCGCUGCAGGAUUCCUGAAGAAAAGGGUAUCACAUUUGAGGAGUUUAGAUCAUUUUUCCAAUUCUUAAACAACCUAGAAGACUUUACAAUUGCAAUGCAAAUGUAUAAUUUUGCAAGUCGUUCCAUAGGUCAAGAUGAAUUCAAACGUGCUGUGUACGUAGCCACAGGUGUGAAGCUUUCACCACAUUUGGUGAACACAGUGUUCAAGAUUUUUGAUGUUGACAGAGAUGACCAGUUGAGUUAUAAAGAAUUUAUCGGCAUUAUGAAAGACAGACUCAGUCGAGGGUUUAGGGGCUACAAACCUAUACAGAGGUAUACUACUUUCAAAUCCUGCGUGAGGAAGGAACUCUAUAGCAGAUAAAUGACGGAGACUCCGAAGUAUGGUUGGAAGGAAUAUUACUCUUGUGUGAUGACUGUAACCAGUGAACAUCUCAGAGAUCUAUGGAAGCAAUUUCGGAGACGAGAUAUGCUGAGAUAAAGGAAGAAAGAAGGAUUAUCUGCACUGGCUAGAACUAUUUAUUCCUAUGAAUUCUUAAUGAAGAACAAACUAACCCAGGUGAAUCAUGAAUCUUCCAGCUGCAGUAAAAAACACAGGACUUCUUUUCCACUUCAAGUAAUGACCAUAAACUCUUACAAACGCUUUUAAGUAUGUAUUUUAUUUAAACGACAAACUGUCACCUGAUUGGCAGAAGUCUUUUUUUUAAGAAUACGUUUUGAAUAUUCUUUUUUAUUAUUUUGAGAUAUGUUUGUCAUUUAAAAGAAAACAAAAAUAAGUUUUACACCUGGGUAGGCAAACGUUUCAGCAAUGAAGAGAAAUUGCCCCACAUCAGCUUAGACUGUGAAUUUGCUUUCAGAAGAGCACUAUCAAAAGUUUGUGCUAAAUGGGGAAUGAGAAUACGCUAAGUAGCAUAACAAUUAUAUACGAGUUGAAUGUACAAAUUAAAUUCUUAGAAGCUAACAAAGCUGUUACUUUAAAAAGAGUAAAGCUGUUAUGGUUAUAAUGUGAAUGAUAGGUAUUUACCUAGGAAAGGUACUGUAUGGACUAUAAUGUUCAGAUUCUCCAAGUCUUACUAUUACCUUUAUUAAUGUAUCCUUUAAAAAAAUAGUACAGAUUUUAAGAUGUCGUAUGAGCGGUAUGUUGAAGAAAAGU